ACCACACAUUAGAAGAUGGAGUCACGACGACGAUAUUGGCCGUUCAAGACUUUAUUAAGUCAGUGUAUUAUGAUGGCUGACAGAGAGAAACUAGAAAAAUAUGAGCAUUUCCUUAAUAAUGUUUUAAGAGAGGAUUUAAGACUUGUGCUUGAGAAUCGUGACAAAUUGUAUGAAGAUAUAGCUGCCCACUCCCAGCUUAAGCAGGUUAUUGAUUGCAUAAAUGAAGUACCACAUGAAGAAGGUUUACGUACACAAGUUGACCUUGGCUCAAACUUUUAUGUUCAGUCCCAUGUGCCAGAUGUGUCACGCAUUUAUGUAAAUGUUGGCUUAGGCUUUCAUCUGGAACUGACUCUUCAAGAAGCACUGACAUUUAUUGACAAGAAACUUGAAAUUUUGAAUGCAAAGUUAUCGGAAUCCACAAAAAAGUCAUCGAAAAUCAAAGGGCAAAUAAAAUUUGUAUGCGAGGCAAUUAGAGAAUUACAAGGAAUUCCCCAAACUAAGCUUUGGCAUUUUGACAAAUUUGUGUUCUGCAAUAUGGAAGUGAGAAAAAUUGAUGCGUCAUUGAAAACUGUGCAUGUCAAUGUAAGAAAAGUUUGGUUUUUAUCUAUAAUUUCGAAUUUGAUGUUAUGGGUUUUGCCUUUAUUGCUUGGAAAGUAUACCGAUGUAACAUUCCCAUAUAUUGCCUUCAAUGAUAUUACGCAAGAGUUAGUGGGGCUCAUAGGAUCAACAGGAAACAAUUUUAAUUGGUGUCCUGUAGUGUCUCCUUACCUGCAAAACACUGUAACGCUACUGGACAACAACGCAGAUUCCCUCUCAGAUGAAGAAAUUUUAAGGAAUUCUGAAAUACAAGAUGGUGGUUGUUGGAAACCAAAUAACUGCCUUUCAAGAUACAAUGUGGCAUUAAUAAUUCCUUAUCGCAACAGGAGUCUGCAUCUACAAAAAUUUUUGACUUACAUGCAUCCUUUCCUGAACAGGCAACAAUUAAAUUACAGGAUUGUAGUUGUCGAGCAGACAGAAGGUGUCGAUUUUAACCGCGCAAAGCUGUUCAAUAUUGGCUUUGUUGAAACUCUCAAGCUAGAUCAAGUUGACUGCUUUAUAUUUCAUGAUAUUGAUCUGCUUCCACAAAAUGACCAUAAUAUAUAUGCCUGCACUCAUCACCCAAGGCAUAUGUAUUCAGCUGUUGAUACCACAAGAUAUCAUCUUCAAUACCGCCGUCUGUUUGGAGGAGCAGUUGCAAUGCAGAAAGUACAUUUUGAGAAAGUCAAUGGAUUCAGUAAUAAAUUUUAUGGCUGGGGAGCUGAAGAUGAUGACAUGUAUAAUAGAAUUGAAAAGGUAGGACUGUCUGUUAUCCGCUUUGAUCCAAAAGUAGCAUCUUAUGUUAUGCUGCCACACUCGCGUGUACCACCAGCAGAAGAUCGUUUCGAUAAGCUUCAAAAUAACGAUGUCAGUGAAGAUGGGUUGUCCAGUCUAUCAUAUCAUAUUCUCGAUAAAAAGAUGAGACCACUUUAUACAUGGUUUCUUGUUUCUUGUUAACAGUUUGUAUACAGUAAUUGUAAAUUUUAUGUAUGAUUAUCAGAUUACAUUCAGUGACCUCGAUUAAAAAUUUGUCAUUCAUGUAUUAAUAAAUGUACAGUACAUACAGAUUCUCUGUAAAUAUAAAUUAUAAAAUAUUCCUGUAUUGUCUUUAGUGUAUGUAAAGAACAUGUUAAAGUACCAAUAACAAAUUUUCUAUAAAGCUGUGUCUUGAGUAUGAACUCAAUACUGUACUGUACUAUUUUUAAUGAAACCAUCUGCUUUUUUAUUUACUGUAAUUAAAGAACAAAUUAAAUUAUUCAAGGUUAGCAAACAUAGCUAAUAAUUAUACUGUACAUCAAUCUACAUAUGAAAGAUGUGGAUUAUCCUUCAUUUUUAAUACUGCAGUUCCUUUAUAUUUGCAAGGAAUUAGCUCCUUGAAAACAACAAAUUUAAAAUUUGCCAAUACUGUACAGUGCUAUAUCAAAUUUUGAGUUGUAUAAGAAAAUAUGAAUGCAUCCCAAAGACAUUCUAAAAAAAAAAAUAUUGUCUGGACUCCUAUCUUGAAAAAAUAUGAGUAAAUGCACAUCUAUUUAUCUAUAUCUAUACCUAUCUAUAACCCAGAUGCCUUGCUUCCUCCUGGAAGCUCCCCAUUGUUGGGUGGCCACAGCAGAAGGUUCUCCAGGAGACUAUUAUCAAACAAACCUUUCACUCAUUUUAAGCUCAGACCUCCCCACUUUCAUUUAUUGAUACUUUCUGUUGCAAAAGAUACUGAUCUGCUUGUAUCACAUGAUCCCCUUAUUACACCUGUGUAAACUACUUUUUUUUUGACAAUCCACAGGCAUUCUAUUAAUUCAUACCACCACCUUUUAUUGUGCUUCAGCCACUUCAACAUGCUGCAUUUGAUUCCUUUACCCAUUUCAUUUAAACCCGUAUUCCAUAUACAGAAUUCUACUUCUUGGUCACAAGUAUACAAUACUCAAUAAAGAAAACCUGAGCAAUUUCCAACAAUGUAUGAUGUAGGAUAAAAACCCACACUUGUGUAUUUGUGAAAUUUAUGUAAUUAAAGAACUGUAAUUAAUUCUAUCCCUCGAUAGACUUCUUGGUGAAUCGGAUACUUUUGAUAUCGUUCGUCUUAUGCAUUUCUGUUCUCGUAUUGGCAUCCUUGGUGAUAUUUAGCGCCCUCUGAUUAUUCCACACAUUGGAUAGUGCUACAUAGGCUUCCCGGUUUGGUGCCUUUUGAUAAUUACUUACUUUGGUGUAAAUUCCUUAAAUUUCACAAACACAAGUGAGUUUUUAUUCUAUGUUAUGUCUGAGAAAACAGUACCAUUACAAAUGUAUAAUGUUAUCUGCAUUAUUUAUGCAUCAUUGCCUUGAAACCUACUGCUGUACAGUUAGAGGGAGAAAUCGUUAUUGUCUUGUAGGCUUCCAGGGGUAACAAUACAUGAAUUUGCUCAUGCAGAUGGUCAGGAGUAGUUAACAAAUGGAAUGCAUUAUGCAGUGAUGUAGUGGAGAAAAAGACUACACAAAGUUUCAAAUGUAGAUAUGAUAGACCCCAAUAGGCUCAGGAAUCCACCAGUUGCUAGGCAGGACCAAAGAGCUGAAGCUCAACCUCCGCAAGCACAACUAGUCGAGUACAGAUUAAUUGAUGAAGAUUAAGUCACCCCCAAGAGGUGGCACGAUGAAUAGCCCGUAAGAGAAAUUGAGUACACUCGUGCAUGGCAUUAUAUACCUAUUAAUUGUACACCAACUGAUGACAGUCGAAAGGAGAGACCAAAGAGCCCCCUCCCCCGUGCAAGCACAACUAGGUGAGUACGUUGACCAGACCACACCACACACUAGAAGGUGAAGGAACGACGACGUUUCGGUCCGUCCUGGACCAUUUUCAAGUCGAUAGGUGAGUACACUAUAUUGCUUCUCGUGUACAGUGUUUUUAACUCAUUCAAGUGAAUUGUGUUAAAUAACCAUGCCAACUUGCAAAUAUGUGAGGCACCCUUUAUAAAUAUUUAUUUUUGGCAUUUAAAAAUUCUCCAAUAAUCAAACUGGCGAAUCUUACUGGAAAACUACAAUACAAUGUACAAUGCAUAUUUAAUUUUUUAGUCUGUUGUAGUUUUUUUUAAUUUGUUGUCAAAAUGGGGGAUGUAUUGCAACAGUAAAUGUAAGCAUGCCUGUAUGUAAGCAUUUGCAUUUUAUAAAUACACUACAGUUGUAGGCUGCAUAAGAUACACAUGUACUAUACAUUUGUGUAGCAGAAUGCGCAUUUUAUUUGUACAAUAUAUGCACAUUUCCUAUACAUCAACACAAAUAUAUUCUGUACAGAUAUUUUUAAUAGUUUAUAUACACCAGUGCAAAUUUAUGAGUUUUGUGGAUAAGGAAAUAGGAUAAAUAGAUUUAUAUAAUUAGGAUCUGUUCUGUAAGUGUUUAUAAAUAAAUUUGGUAAAAGUUUAAAAAUAUAAAAGUACAUACUGUAA